AGGAUUCAUUGCCUUCAUUAUACCAUCUACCUUGCCUCCCUCCCUCCUCACAACAACAAUGUCUUCCACACUCGGCCUAGGUCCCCACCCUCUCCUCCAGCCCAUCACAGCCCUAGCAGGCUGGACCUUCCUAAUGCAAUCCUGGAUGCACGUCACACGCAUCAACGCCAUCGGAAAAUACAACGUCUCCAUCGACGCCAGCAAAAUCAAUUCGGAGCUCGAAUCCAAAGUCCCCAAUAACAUUCAAGCCAUUGCGCACAAUUACAAUCAUCUGCACGAACAACCUACGGUGUUUUAUGCUGUCGCGUUGGCGCUGGCGGUUGUGGGUGAUAAUCAUCCGUAUACGAUCAAGGCGGCGUGGACGUAUGUUGGGUUGAGAGUGGGACAUUCUUUGUAUCAGGUUUUUGUGAAUCGGGUUUUGACACGCUUUCAAAUCUUCUUGAGCAGUUCGGUUGUCGUUGCUGGGCUGUGGGGUCGUCUUGCGACGCUUGUGUUCUAGAAAGUUGCUUGAGAGUGCGAAAAGGGGGGAGGGAGAUAGGGGAGGAUUGGUUGUAUGAUUCGGUGUUAUCCAUCCAGGAAAUUUUCUGUUUGUAUCAUGAAUUGCUCAAUAUCAAUUUGAACGAGGAAACACAACUAUCAAUUAGUCAAUAAC